CCCAAUUUCCUCUUCCUUGUCCUGACCAACAACUUCUUGAGAGGAAACAUCAAACCUUUGUCAUUGUCGGGAGUUCGCCAAGACACAUGACUGCCAGCGAAUCGCAACAACAAACUCACAAACGGCCGGAAUGAUCCCAACAAUGGCGCUAAUUGGGAAGCAGCUGAAUCACUCGCAUCAACGGAUCAGCGUCGUGAUGGACGGCGAGACUGGGAUUGCACAGACCAUUCAUGUAACCCCAUAGAGCUGGCUCAGCUGGCGAACCUCGGCUGGGGCAAGAGAUUUGGCGAUGUUGCUGUGAACGCGCUGUCAAUAUUUAAACGCCCACCCAGCCCUCCUCCGCGCGGGCCCCGUCCGUCUCCUACGCGAUUGUAUAUCCGACCCCGGGCCGCAGUGCUAGCUACGCCGAAACAACCCACGCACAAUGGCCUCCGAGGACUCCACUUUCGACAUCAUCAUCACCGGCGCCGGUCUGAGCGGCAUCAACGCCGCCUACUUGUUGCAAUCCGAGUUGCCUAACCAUUCCUUUACCGUCCUUGAGUCUCGCGACCAUAUCGGCGGAACAUGGGCCUUCUGGAAAUAUCCCGGCAUCCGCUCCGACAGCGCCAUGGCUCUGUUCGGCUUCCCCUGGUACCCAUGGACCAAGGACAUUAACAUGGCUGAUGCCCAUCUCAUCAAGAAAUAUAUGGAGGACGCUGCUGCGUCCCAGGGCAUUGACAAGAAGAUACGCUUCAACCGCCGCGUCACGUCAGAGAGCUGGAGCAGCGAGGAGCAGAGAUGGACGUUGCACGUCGAUGUAACUUCCGGUGACGGCACCGUUCUCGAGAAGAAGAUCUUCAAGACGCCAUGGCUAGUCAACGCCACCGGGUACUACAGCUACGAGAAGCCUCGGUCCACUGUCAUUCCCGGUAUCGAAAGAUUUCAGGGUCAAGUGGUACAUCCCCAAUUUUGGAAUGAAGAGGUGCAGUACGAUAACAAACGCAUCGUCAUCAUUGGCUCAGGUGCCACCGCUAUCACUCUCCUUCCUGCCCUCGCCAAAACUGCCAAGCAUGUCGCUAUGCUCCAGCGUAGUCCAUCAUAUGUCUACAGCUUGCCAGCUAGAGACGAGCUUCAACCGUUCCUGGAAAGAUUCAUGCCAAUCCAAUGGGCGGGGAAGAUUAACUGGUGUAUCAGGAUGGUCGCCGAAACCCUCUUUGUCCAGCUGCUUCUGAACUUCCCCAACUGGGGAAGGAAGCUUGUCGUUGACGAGAUGCGCAGGCAGCUUCCCAAAGGUUUCGAUGUCGACAAGCACUUCAACCCUCGGUACAAACCUUUCGAUCAGCGUGUGUGCCUUUGUCCGCAGGGAGACUUUUUCAAGGCUUUGUGUGGCCCGAACGCUUCCGUUGUUACCGAUCAUAUUGAGACCGUCACCGAAAACGGCAUAUUGCUCAAGUCCGGUGAGACUCUUGAAGCCGACAUGAUCAUCACCGCCACUGGUCUAUACAUGGUUUUGCUCAACAAAAUUGACGUCUUUGUUGAUGAUGUCCGCAUCAAUGAUACCAUCGGCCAGCGCUACAUGUGGAACGGAGUCAUGCUCGAGGGUAUCCCCAACACAGGUGUUAUCACGGGGUAUGUGGCAGCCACUUGGACUCCUGGUGCCUCCACAAGGACACGGCAGUUCAUCAAGGUCAUUAAACAUGCGGAAAAGACGGGAGCCACCACUGCCACCCCUUAUAUCGACGAGGCCGAGCGCGCACGACUUCCCAAGAAACCCUGUAUUCCUAACAGCUCGACCUACAUCACAGAAGUCCGUGACCGACUUCCACUUGUCGCCAACGUGGGUCCUUGGAGGAACGGAAAGAAUUGGCUGGAGGAUACCAUCCGGCUUUGGUUCGGGUGGGUCACAACCGGUAUGCGGUUCACUUCAUGGAACCGAGCCAAGAGUGAUUGAGUUAUCGCCAGUCCUCCAGGUUUGGAUAUUGGUGUAGAAACGCCUGACAUCUCCAGUUGGGCGAGUCCUCUUGGGCCAUGCUCAGUCCUCGCACGUUCAGGUCCUUAUCCUAUGAAACCGAAGAGAUAGUAAUGUAAUCCAGCCAACCUUCAUUUCUCCCUUUACGGAAUUUGGAAUGUCCCAGUCGCCUUUUCUAUGAUUGAGCAUGCUUUUGUUUCCCUUUUAGCCGUCG